AUCUUCAAGUCUCAUUCACUUCUCAGAUCUUUAUUCCUCCCUCAUAACUUACCUUUUUACCUUUCUGUGUCUUUUUGCCUCCAAGCUCCUCCUUAAAACUGUUUACUCAACAGUAUUUUCACUCAACAAAUAUUUUCAGCUCGAGAGUUGAUUUUCAUUGUAUUUCUCAUUGGAAAUUGCGAUCUUAUUUCAUUGAUCAAGAGGAAAGUUCAGUUAACUGAACAAGUCAUAUCUGUUUUAAGGUUUCUAAUAUUCAUUAUAUUAAUCAACCAUCUUUAAUUAAUCAUGUGUGGAGGAUUCACUUUUACCAAAAAUGCUCUGACAACAUUAAAUAUUCUGUAUACGCUGGUCUCAUGUAUGUUGAUUGCUGUGGCAACAUAUGCUCGAUACUCAUCAAUAGUCAGUAAUCUUGAGAUUGUCCAAGUCUUCAUAGGAUGUGGAGUAUUUCUUGCCAUUCUGUCUCUUAUGGGAUUGGUUGGAGCUGCAAAACACCAUCAAGUCAUAUUAUUUUUUUACAUGGUUAUCCUAUUUCUGCUAUUUGUGGUACAAUUUUGCAUCGCCAUUGCUUGCCUCGCUGUUAGUGAUUCACAAAAGGUUGAAAUCGCCACCAAUGGAUGGAAUUCAUCAAGUGAUUCAACCCGAAAUGAAGCCCAAACGUGGUUUAAUUGCUGCGGGUUUGACUCUUCACCGCUAGUAGACCAGUGUAUUGGCGUAGCAUCAUGCUGUAAAGUCAAGGAAGAUUGUCAUUGCGAGACUUGUAAAUACAAAAUUGUCAGUGCAAUCAGCAGCGGACUAGACGUUUGUGGUUCACUUGGAAUUUUCUUCAGUUUUACCGAAUUCCUUGGUGUUUGGCUGACUAUCCGAUACAGGAACCAGAAAAAUCCUCGCGCCGAUCCAAGUGCGUUUUUGUGAAACCAGACCAUCUAAUUCAACUCAAAUCAGUUUAAUUAUAGCAGCUUGCAUUUCAUUUUUUGUUCAGAGUUUCAGUUAAGCUUCUUGCUACAUUUUAUUUUACUGUAUAGAUCGUCUCUUACACCUGAUAAUUUCCCCAAAAUUCAGAUGCAUUCCAUCUAUCAACUAAUUAUGACUUAAUUUCUACUCACUAUUUCAAUCAUUGUGUCUUAAAAUGCCAACUUGCAAACAGAAGAUAACUUUAAAAAUAUUAUUCCAUUUUAAGGUUGAACAAGAAAUUUUUUCAACAAUUAAUUAAGAUCAUGUGUAUAACUAUCCGUUACUUGUUAACAUUGGACCUUCCAUCAUGUGCUUAGUCUCAAAGAGUUGUGUGAUUUGAAAGCAAAUUAAACAUGUAAAUACGUAGUGUUCAACUACUUGAGUGGAUCAAAUAUUAAAAUUAAAACAUGACAUUUCAAAAAAGUGAA